UGGAAAUACCAGUAGUUCAUUAGGUAAGCAGGUAUGGCUCCUCCCAGUCCCUAGAGAGAAUAUAACCUGCCACUGACACUCACAAGGCACUGACUUCUACACUGGGGAGACUGAGAAACUUGCAGCACCCGACUGGAGAAUCACUGCUGAUUUCUCUACACAUUGUACUCAACACAAGAAGAUUAUGGAGGGGUUCCCUUCAGUGUUUUAUAGUGAACCUGCUGUUCUUGGGCUCCUGGCGAAUGCCGUCAGUGCCUUCCUGGUCUGCAUGCAAAACUUCUUCUUUUUCAACACGUCUAUAGUUCCUACUGGAGUGGACAACAUUCUUGCAGGAGUACAUCUGAUCCUGAUUGGUGGCAUAGCACAGCUUGUAGCCGGAUUUCUGUCCUUUCGAAAGUAUGACCAUCUUAGUGGCACUUCCUUCAUUGCAUUCUCAGCAUUGUGGAGCAGCUAUGGUGCCACCCGCAUUGUAGUUGGAAGAGAUGCCAUUAUGCCACUCACCAGUAAUGCAUCAAGUGUUGCUACGCUUCCUGUCAAUGAGAGCGCAGUAGCAGGGCUGGUCGCAUAUAUUUGUAUUGCAUUCAUCCUAUCUUUCUGCUCUGCCACAGUCAAUUAUAUUAUGCCCUUUGUAUUUGGUGCAAUCACCCUAACACUGAUAUUUGAGGCUGUGGGGCUGUUUGGGCACUGGGCACUAGUAGUAUCGGGAGUCAUUGAGUUAAUUAUAGUUUUGUGUGGACUGUAUGGAGCUGCAGCUCUUCUGCUGAAGGGAAUCACUCAGAGAUAUGUCCUACCAGGCUUUGGUAAUGCUCUCUUCAACGUCCUUCUCCUAGGAUCAGCAAACCGUAGUUCAUCUAACACAGCAGGAGAAGAGAAGAAGAAAAAUACAAAGUAUGCUGAGCCCAUGGCUCUAGGUUACCUGUGUGACACCAUAUCACCCUUCAUUAUGGCAUUCUAUAGCUUUGGGUAUAUUCAGUCAUUUUAUGUGGGUGCCAUAUGGGUCAGCAUUAAUGUGCUCUCACAGCUGUGCUCCAGUUAUUACAGCUAUCUCCGAGACGAUGUUUACCAUGCCCACAAAAUUUGCAUUCCAUGGGACAUUCUGGCUGGUCAAAGCCUGGGAAGAAUUUAUCUUAACAGUAGCACUGACGUCAGGAACUGGAGCCAAGAGUAGAGAAGCUUUGGUUGGUGACUGGUUCUUUCUGGCAGCUGCUUGUUUAUUCUGCUUCAUGUCUUUAAAUAAAGAUCUGCUCGAAUUAACCCACAAUAUUUCAUUUGCCUUGAUGAUGGUGUCCACCAUACAGCAGAUACCAAGCCGUGGUGGAUAUAUAUUCUUUGGGGUUACCUGCAGCAUAUUUACAGCAGUUUCCCUCUACACCACUUUUGCCACUCUGGUUAAUUCAAUAGCAGAGAAAGUCCUCAUCCCAAUUGGCAACAUAGUCAUGUCAAGUGCAAAAUUUCAGGACAUUUUGGCUCUGGGCAGGCGUUGUCUGGGAAAAGACUUAAGCAAAAUUGAAAAUUCUUCCUCCCGAGCUUCUGAUCCUCUGUUCUACCUUUGCAAUGGCCUGGCAUCCCUUGCAGCCAUUCAGAACACCUUAAUGGAUCCUACCCAGGCCUACCUCUCAAUUCCUUGGGUUCUGAUACCUGGUGCCAUAAUGCAGCUGUAUGUCUGCAGAAUUGAUGUCCAAGGAGGUAGAAGAUUCGGCUCGGUCCUGCCUUUCUGCUACACCGCUGUAUGGGCGACUUGGGUCUGGCUGCGUUUUGCAGGACCUUCCCUUGGGAUCACAGCAAAUAGUGAUGGAGGAUUCACAGCUGGUGCCAUUGCUUUCCUCAUAAUCAACAUAUUCCUGAUUGCUCUAGCUGCUCAGGCCAACUUUGUCCAGUUCCUCGUCACACUCGUUAUGGAGGUGGUAAUUGUCUGUUUCCUUCUCUUUACCUUGGAAAGACUUCCCCUUCCACUUGAGAUUGCUGUGCUUUCAGUCUUCAGUAUCCUCUGCCUUUACGGUUUUCUGGCUUCUUUUGCCAACAGCCUGUUCAACAAAGAGCUCAUAUUGAUGGGACCUGCUAUCUUUAAGAAGGAAGAGCCAAAAAAAAUGGAGGAAGGUGUAAGCUCUUGUAUCUUACCACAGUCCCACCGUACAAGCAGUUUGAGGACAAUUGCUAAUAUGCUUGAUAAUGGAGGAGUGUGUGGAAUUCCCACUGACACUGUCUAUGCCCUGGCAGCUUCCUGCAAGCACCCAGAAGCUAUCAACAGGAUUUACUCCAUCAAAGAACGCCCAUCAGAAAAGCCAAUCUGUAUCUGCAUUUCCAACCUUGACCAGCUGAGGGUCAUCAAUCCCCCAUUCAGCCCCUUGCUGUGGAACUUCAUGGAUCUUGUAUACCCUGGAGGCAUAAGCUGCAUAGUACAGAAAGGAGAAUGGCUUAAAAAAUUAGGUGUCGGACCUGCCUAUGAAACAGUCGGAACUAAUGACUCCAUCAUGAUAAGGGUCCCAGACCACACAGUCACCGCUCAUCUCACAGACAUGACUGGGCCUUUAGCUAUCACGUCGGCCAAUCCAAGUGGAGAAAGUGAUAGCACCCAUCAUGAUAUGGUGAUAACGCGACUGAGUGACAAGCUGGAUGCAGUUCUAUGUGAUGGAUACUCCAAUGAGCUUGUGGGAUCCACAGUAGUAAAUUGCACCAAAAUAGAUGAAGGCAUCGUAAAAAUCCUGCGUGAGGGCUGUGUGCCAACCACUAAGAUCAUGCAACUAUUUGAGAGAGCCAAGAACACUCAAGGGGUUUUGUAGAACCACAGUUAUAGAUGUCUGGAACCUAAUGAUAUGUAUAGGAGCCCUGCUGGCAGGUCUCAGGAAACUUGAACUACUUGAAAUGGUCAUUUAUUUAAAUGUUUAUUUUUAAUAUAUAUUUAUUUAUCUUUGUGCUGUAUAAUGUAAAUUGUUUUAUGGUAGAACACUACCCAUGUUUACAGAAUGCUAAAUGUGUUUACACGAUGACAGUGAUUUAUUUUAAAAUUAGCUUUUAUACAAAAAAAUAUACAAAUAAAAUUUGGAACCAAUUUGAAAGCAACCCAUUUUUUCUCUGUUCCCUAUUGUGUAUAAUAAUUAUCCAAUUGGUCCUAUUGCAUUUGUCUGUAUAAUUAUAUUUUGAUGGGGAAAUGUUACUGUCUAGUUCAUUAGGACAGUUGUAAUUCUGCAAUGUACAUGUCUGUAGUUCUGUGUUCUAUAUUCUGUUUAUUAUGAUUUUCCCUGUUUAACUCAUUACAUGGCAUAUAACAUAUAUAGAUAUAAUCUAUGGUGCUAAGACAAAAGUUCCAUUAUGCCAGUGCUAUAGUACAUUUCUGAUCAGUAAUUCCCUUCUGCUGUGUGGUGAAAGGGAUGGCUAGAUUACCAAUAGUGGCAUAAGUCAUAUAAGGUCACCAUUCCUACCAUUUUCUAUAAAACCAGUUUGGAAACCUCUAUGUGCUCAUAGAUCAGAGGGAAUGUAUGAGACUUCUCAAAAUCAUUUACCUCCAGAGCACUGAAUGGUAAAGUACAAAAACAUGUGAAUUGUGCCCAUUUUUGACACUUUGCACACUAUUCUGCACUUAGUAAAAUACCCCUGUGUGUUUAUAAUCAACAUAUGGACAUUUACAGAUUUUGUUUUACAUUUCUGCACAUUUCUUAAGGCUUUUGUCAUAGCGGGUGGAUUCUCUACUGCCCUUGGCAUUCCCAUAAAAGUCUGUGGGUUGUGUUAUCCUCUAGUAAGAAUCUGUUUGGUGUGACAUUAGCCUAAGGCCUUUCUCACAUGCAGUGCAGUAAAAUACAGCAUUAUGGAUCAUAGAGCAACAGAACGCAGCAGGUGUCAGGAACAAUGGCUAGUGUUAAUUUACCUCAAAUCAGUCUGUGAAUGUUAAUUCUAAUUUGUUUCUUAUCACUUCAUUUGUAUCUGUUUGUUAAUUGUAUAUUUUAUUGUUGACAGAAUUGUAUUCAUUCCUAAAAUCUUUGAAAUCAUAUUUGUAAUGUAGUAAAAACAUGGCAAAUAAAGCAUUGAUUUAAAAAACAA